GUUGUCAUUAUUGCCAGAAAUAUACAGAAUAUUUUAGUGGCAAAUCAGUUAACAAUUCAAAGAUAUGAGUCAAUUGAAUGAUAGUAUUGAGACAAAGGCCGAUACCAAUGACACCGAUACCAGUGAUGAGACAAAGAAAAAGCCAGAAUUUAAAGGUUUAGACAAUUUAGGAAAUACUUGUUAUAUGAAUUGUGUAAUUCAGGCCUUGUAUUCAAUACCGGACUUUCGAUACAAUCUCAAUAUCAAUGGCACUAAACCUCUUCAUUUGGCGCUUAAAAACCUUUUUGAUUCAAUGGCCGCCAAAUCGGAUCAAACAAAUGUAAAUCCAUGUGAAUUCUGGGAUAUUUUUACUAAUUACAGAAAUCAGUUCAAAGACAGACAACAACAGCACGACUCGCAAGAGUUUCUCCGGUAUUUGAUUAAUGGUUUACACGAAGAGGUAAACGUUGCAAAACAACAGACAAAGACAAACAAUGGCCAACAAUUGACAGAUAAAAGACAGCGUCGGCCUAAAAGAGACAAAGUCUGGAACAGAUACUUGAAGUUUGUGGACAAUUCCUAUCUUGUAAUGAUGUUUGUCGGACAACUCAAGUCUACCAUUAAAUGCAGUCAUUGUGAGUCUGAAAGAUAUAAUUGGGAUAUUUAUUGGGAUCUUUCACUGUCUAUACCUGAAACCAAUGAUGACAUUGACAUUAAUACAUGUCUUAAAGAGUAUACGGAUGUCGAGGUACUCGACAACGACUCGAUGCCCACUUGUGAGACGUGUCAGUCAAAGAGGAAGUCAUUCAAGUCAUUAUCAUUUUCCCGAAUCCCUCCAAUUCUUAUCAUUCAACUCAAGAAGUUUGUCAAUGACGGCAACAAAAUAUCAAAAGCCGUUACAAUUAACAGUCAACUUGUAAUCAAAAGCCACAACUAUUAUCUGUUUGCCAUAAUAUGUCAUAACGGGACCACUUGUUCCAGAGGUCACUAUACCAGCUAUUGUCUGCACAAUCACAUCUGGUAUCUGUUUGAUGACGAAGUGGUACAUAGUAUUCAAACCAUGGACUUCAACACUGUCUCAUCAGAUGCUUAUAUAUUGUUUUACCGAUCGGUUCAAAAUCAUAGAUAA